GUCAUCUUUCCCACAUAAAUCGUGUCUCUUUAACAGAGGUAUUCUCAGGACGGGGAGGGGGGUGGAUGGGUUCAUCGGGUUCAUGUAGUAUUGGACGCCUCCUCCAAUUUCAGGUUGGCUGCUUCCCUGGCUCCCUCCCGCAAUGAGCUUGCUGCAAAUUCAAAAAGGUAUGGAGGUUACAGUAGAUAUAUAUUGACCUUUAUUCAGGACACAUGACAGCACUAUCAGCUGAAGCCGCCGAACUAGCUGCCAUCUUCGGGUCAUUUGAGGCGUCUGCGUCUCCCAGCCAGAUGUUGGAAUAAAGCUUCCUAAGGAUGGGGAAUGGCUUUGUCCUGAGCUUUCUGGAAGAGAAAUAUCAAUCAUGAUGGCCGAUGGAUGUUGCAGAGGAAUGGAGCGAGUCAGGGCUGCUAAGAUUGCGUCAGAUUCCUUGCCGAGAGCGACUUAUCCCCAGCAGUACGUGCACACUGCCCCCCAGCAGCAUGACAUCCAGGAGCUCGCCUCCAAACGCGUCGAUAUCCAGAAGAAACGCUUCUACCUGGACGUGAAGCAGAGCGUGCGCGGACGCUUCCUGAAAAUAGCCGAGGUGUGGAUCGGCAGAGGCCGCCACGACAACAUCCGGAAGAGCAAACUGACCCUGUCCAUGUCCAUGGCCCCCGCUCUCCGCUACAGCCUGGGGGACUUCAUCGAAUAUUACGCCCGCAUAGGACUACGGGGGGGGCUCGACGCGCACGCCAGCGACGGCAAGGGCCGCGCGCCCGAUCCCCGCAGGAGAGCGCAGGAGCCCGCGUUGUCCCCUACCGGCUCCGCGGCGUCGGACGACCACGCGCAUCGCGUCCUCAAGAGCGAAUUGAUCGAAAGGGACAAUAGGAAGUACUUUCUGGACCUGAAGGAGAACCAGAGGGGUAGGUUCCUGCGCAUAAGACAGACUGUCAGCAAAGGGCACGGUACCAUGGGCUACUAUGGCCAAGGGAUCGAACAGACCAUCGUUGUACCUGCGCAGGGGCUGAUCGAGUUCAGGGACGCGCUCUCGCAGCUGAUCGACGACUACGGCGACGACGACGAGCGCGACCGAGCCGCGUCCAGGAACCACGACCCCAGCCCGGAGCUUCCGGAGGCCGCCACCUUUCGAGUGGACAACAAGAGGUUUUAUUUCGACGUCGGUUCCAACCGCUAUGGCGUCUUUUUGAAAAUCAGUGAAGUGCGGCAGCCGUACAGAAACACCAUCACCGUUCCGUUAAAAGCCUGGGCGAGAUUCGGGGAGAAUUUCAUCAGGUACGAGGAGGAGAUGCGGCGAAUGUUCACUUGUCACAAAGAGAAGAGGACAGAUGCUCGGCAGGACAGCGAGGAACAGGAGGACUGACCUUGGCGGUAUCGAUGGACCCCCAGUUGGAUCUCCCCCAAGAGUGGACUUUGUGAGUGUGUGUGUGUGUGUGUGUGUGUAUGUGUCAUAAAUGUGUAGAUAGGAAUAUUAACCUACAAAGUCUAGUCUAAAUAACAAACUACAAUCUAAUCUAUUAUACUUUCAUUUUGUUCUGCCCUUUACUGCACUUUAAGCAUGACUUACAACACCCCCACCCCCUUUUAAAUGGAAUACUACGCUGUACGUAACAAACAAUGUGGCAACAAUGUAGAAAUGGGUGGCAUUGUGCAAAACAAGACACGGUAUCUCUUGAAUCAACUCCUGUUUGGAGGACAUUCUCAAAAGUGCAAUGAAGGUAUGUCACUUUAGAAAUAAAUGCACAUCAGUUGUGAGUAACACUGACUGCUUUUAGGCUCCUGUGCUAAUCAGGAAGCAUCUCUCGUGUUCCUAAUGCUCACGCCACACUGAGAAAAACAUUCACAGGCCAAAGUCAGGUGUGCUAAAAUGUAUUUUUCAUUAAGGAUAAGCAGGUGCUGAUGCUGCUUUUUGUCGAGAACACAUGUCCUUGACGUAUGCCCUUGACAUUUCCUGCAGAACUUUGUGGUUCAGAGUUGCGCCAUGUGCAACAGUUUGAGUCUGACGGCAGCCUGCAGAAACCUCAUCAUAUUUCAUUUCAAUAACAUGAACAUGUAUGAAUAUGCAGCCUCCACUUCAUCAAAAUGUAGCCAUUUUUAUGGACUUGCCGCUUGCUUGGCCCCCCGUAGACUUGAGCAAAAACUCCGGCUAGCCUUCAACCACAAAACACUUAACGGAGAAAGCUUGUGUACAGUGGAACCUUGGUUAGCGUUUUUUCUGGUUAGCGUACAAUAUGGAGCUUGUCUUGUCGUGUUAUUAAAGCACCGCGUGAGUCCAACUGUGUUUCUAAUGCAGGGGUCACCAACGUGGUGCCCGCGGGCACCAGGGAGCCCCCCACGACCACAUGAGGUGCCCGCAAGCCUGCUUUUCAUUCAGGUUUUCAGUUAAUAAUGAAAGAACAGUAGAAAGAAAUGCAUUCUGAAAUACAACAUGUGAGUUGUGGACACCAGCAUUUUGUUCAUGUUCUGGUAAAACAAGCAUAUUCGCUUCGUUUGGGUUUAAAAUAAGCUCUGAAAAUAAAUGUUACAAAAAUGAGUAGCUCUUGGCCAUUUUCAUUUUGUAAAAGUAGCUCUCACAAGGAAAAACGUCGGUGACCCCUGUUCUAAUGUAUUUUUAUCACAAAAUUAAAUUAAAAAUACAAGUAAAUAAGAUGAUCAUUUUUAUCACUUGUUAACAGCUUGCUGAUACAGUUGUCCCUCGUUUAUUGCGGUUAAUCAAUUCCAGACCCGACCGCGAUAAGUGAAUUUCAAAGUAGAAUUCAAUAUUAAUAAAUUGAAUAUUUUCAUACUUUUUUUUUUCACAUGAUUAGAGCCCUCUAGACAUUAAAUAACACCCCUAUAGUCACCUUUAUACUAAUAUGACCUAAUAUAGUAGACAUGAUAAGCAAUAAUAAGACAUAAUAACUCACCGGGAUUGGGAAAGUUCUUUGUUCUUGCAGCAUCUCGAACGUAAUGUAGUAUCUCGAUCACAUGGCAUUGAAAAAAAAUCAACAUCAUCCAUCUUCACUAUGACGUUUGUCACUGGUUUGAUAUACAGGAUUGAAUCUCAAAAAGAAAAGCAGAAACUUGAGUUGAGAAACACUAUUCGAUUCAAGAAAUGCAGUAACUCAUGGCAAAACACUAAGGUGGGGUCUGCGUUGAUCUUGCCGUGUUGAUCUUUAAGUAACCUUAAAUGUUCAUUUGUCUCUUUCAUUUCAAUUGUUUUAGGCAUGUAAAACUAUAAUUGCAAAACUAUAAAAAUGUGUUUUGUGUUAACUUUUUUGGCUUUCUGGAACGGAUUCAUUGGAUUUACAUGAUUUUUUAAUGGAAAAUUAGAGUACGUUUUGGUUAGAGUUGGACCUUCUGGAACAGAUUAGUGAUGCUAACCAAGGUUUGACUGUGUAAAGAAGAUCAAUAUGACAUCAGCUGAGCGAUAUUCUCCUCAGUUCGACGUUUGCAUCCAAACGGGAUUUACAGGAUUGCAUCCCAUUCAAAAAUGAUAUGUAAAAAAAAAAAUAAUAAUAAUCUAUUGAUUAUUCAUUUUCCCCAUAGACAAUCAAGGAAUUGUGAUCAAAAACCCAUCCAUAAUCAUAAUUUUUCCGGGUUUGAUGAUGUUAAGUAAACAUACAGCUGGUUGUUGCAGGAAUUGUGUCUUGAGUGGGCAGGGUUUUUUUUUAAUUCAAUGGAUAUGAAAGCUCCUUUUGAUCUUUAGUAUGUGUAACAUCUUCUCAGCGUCAGUCAGCAGGGUAUCCAGCCCUGAAAGGCCCAUCAUCUCUUGCUCUGUUCUGUAUAUGCACUCGGUCAUCACAGGUGCAUUCCUGUAAAUGUCCAGUUGGCGUGGCAUCUCAUUCAUGUCUUUUCUUCUAGAUUGUCUCAAGCUGCAGCAGUAAAGCAUUUCUUUCCAGCUAGAUAGGUGCGUCCCUGAUUUGCAGAGCCCACAGUCAAACGAGUCAAGGGCAACUGGAGCUGAAGUGUGAUCGAAACGCUCUUGCAUCACUUAGCUUUACUUUAUCUUUGAGUCUCAUCAACACACGUUGCCAUGCCGAGGUUGGAUUGGACACAGUGGAAAAGCAAAAUGAGCAAAAACAAAAUGAAAUGGUUACAACUGUGUCUUAAAUGCUGACUUUUUCUCAUUUUGCUAACCUACUGCUCAUCUUGAGAUGUACUUUUUGAUUGCUCUAGGAGGAAGGAACCUAGAAAUGCCUUAUGAACUAUUUUGGACUUGGACACAACAACAACAAAAAAAAAGAGAAAAAAAAUGAAGAUGCUUUAUGUUCUUGUGUCGGAUUUUCAACCAGCUGAAUGUUUCGAACAAGUCAUAUAUUAAAAUGCUGGAAAUAUGAAAGAUACACGUUUCCACACCUUUACAAUUUUCAUGUUGGCUUGCCCUCGGCAGGACGGCUCAACAGAAAGCGAUACAAUGGGGGGAGUAACUGUUUGACCCCCUUACCCUCACAAAGUCAUGGACAGUCCAUCAUUUUAUGGUAGUUUUUUUUGAACAGACAGAGAGACAGAUUAUCAAAAAUAAAGGUUAUACAGUAAUCCUUCGUUUAUCACGGUUAAUCGGUUCCCGACCGUGAUCAGUGAAUUUUCACAAAGUAGUAUUCCUUCUUUUUAAAUAGAAUAUUUUUGCACUUAGAGCAUAGACAACCUGUUUACAACCUUCUAAAUACAGUUUUUAACAUUAUUAGAGCCCUCUAGAUAUGAAAUCACCUUUACAUUCCUAUUACCCAAUACAGUAGACAUAACAAGAGGAACUAAGAUAUAAGUAAGACUUGUGCCUGUGUGUGUUGCUGUAGAUGUGUGCUGGUGCUAGGGCUGAGUGAGGGGUGGACAGGAAGUGAUGUCGGGGGUUCAGAGUUGAGUUUUAGCUUGCCAUGCUGAAGUAUUAGGGAUUAUUGUGCCUGUUGUGAGCUAAAUCAAACCUGCAAUUAAAGCCUGUGUUCCGGCGAUCAAGUCUGGUGCUUGUGUGUCACACCGAACAUUACAGUAACAUUACUGACACCUAGUGACCAGCGUAGAAUACUACAUGUCAUCACAAAGUCUUUGAAUGCUUCUUCUGAAUGCCUUAUAUUAGUGUUUUGCCAUUUAGCCAUAUUUAUUUAGCCAUUUUUACGCUUCAAAAUGCUUCAUUUAAGAAAAAACCAUAACAUUUAUUUUUUGACUAACGAUAUUCUGUUUUCAAACACCAAAUUUGAUAUGCAAAAUGGCGAGGGAUUACUGUACUUCCAUCAAAUGACUAAGAAAACAAUGUAGAUGUUCUAGCUCACUUUUCUUUUUUUUUGGACUUUUACGUUUUCCUAUUUACUAAAUACUGAGUAUGUAAUAUACGCUGUGCGCGGUAUUGCACGUUGGAAAGUUAGCGCCCCCAUGCAGCGCCUCACCAAGGCAGCGCCUUUAAGCACAGUUCAAAUUAGAACAUAUUAUUGAUUUUACGCUUUGCUCAUUGUGGAAUGGUUUCACACGACAUCAUCUGCUUUGUGGUUUUCCUUGUGGUGUCUGUUUAGGACAGUGCUUCUCAAAUAGUGGG